UCUGAUCGAAAACAUUCAAAAACGAAAGCGAGUUACUUGGAAAUUUGGGCUGAAGUUCAUCUUUGCUCUAUUUCUCAUCUCGAAACAAUUGCACGUAACACUCGUUUCUUUCUUUCAGCUGUUUUGAACAGAACGUAUUGGCAGUUAACAAGAAAAGGCUGGAACAAUGAGUUUCGUCCUCUUUUUUUGUGUUGUGGGAUGUGUGAUACCACACUUGGUGUUUUCCGCCGACCAUCCGAGCAAGUCGACUUGUCCGGCCAGUGGCGUCCCAGGUGUCCCUGGAGUGCCCGGGCUACACGGACAUGAUGGGGCCAAGGGUGACCAAGGAGCUGUGGGAGCACCCGGUAAAAUGGGACCUGAAGGACCCGAAGGAAGCCAGGGGCCUGUGGGACCACCUGGAGAAAUGGGGCCUAAAGGAACCAAGGGCGACAAGGGCGAACAGGGCCCCUCGGCUGUGGUCCCUCAGAGGAACUGGAAACAGUGCGUCUGGAGCAAACUGAACGAUGGCAGGGAUUACGGUUUGAUAAAGGAUUGUGUCUUUGUGAAGAAAAACCAAGACACGGCAUUGAAGGUGGAGUAUGAUGGAGAUUUCCGGAUUUGUUGUUGCCUGAACUGCUGCAAGCGUUGGUAUUUCACCUUCAAUGGCGUGGAGUGUUCUAAACCAAUCACUAUCGAAGCGAUCGAUGUUCUUGCUACUAAUCACGGCAAAACAGACACCAACGUACACAAGCACAGUCAGAUAGGGGGAUACUGUGAGGGGAUUGGUAAAGGCACCGUACGCGUGGGAUUGGCUGUCGGAGAUUGCCCAGGUUUCAAAAGCGGUUCUGAUGCGUAUACUGGGUACAACUCAGUGGCUCGAAUCAUUAUCGAGGAAGUCCCUAAGCCACAAAAUGAAAAGGCUGGAACAAUGAGUUUCGUCCUCUUUUUUUGUGUUGUGGGAUGUGUGAUACCACACUUGGUGUUUUCCGCCGACCAUCCGAGCAAGUCGACUUGUCCGGCCAGUGGCGUCCCAGGUGUCCCUGGAGUGCCCGGGCUACACGGACAUGAUGGGGCCAAGGGUGACCAAGGAGCUGUGGGAGCACCCGGUAAAAUGGGACCUGAAGGACCCGAAGGAAGCCAGGGGCCUGUGGGACCACCUGGAGAAAUGGGGCCUAAAGGAACCAAGGGCGACAAGGGCGAACAGGGCCCCUCGGCUGUGGUCCCUCAGAGGAACUGGAAACAGUGCGUCUGGAGCAAACUGAACGAUGGCAGGGAUUACGGUUUGAUAAAGGAUUGUGUCUUUGUGAAGAAAAACCAAGACACGGCAUUGAAGGUGGAGUAUGAUGGAGAUUUCCGGAUUUGUUGUUGCCUGAACUGCUGCAAGCGUUGGUAUUUCACCUUCAAUGGCGUGGAGUGUUCUAAACCAAUCACUAUCGAAGCGAUCGAUGUUCUUGCUACUAAUCACGGCAAAACAGACACCAACGUACACAAGCACAGUCAGAUAGGGGGAUACUGUGAGGGGAUUGGUAAAGGCACCGUACGCGUGGGAUUGGCUGUCGGAGAUUGCCCAGGUUUCAAAAGCGGUUCUGAUGCGUAUACUGGGUACAACUCAGUGGCUCGAAUCAUUAUCGAGGAAGUCCCUAAGCCACAGUAGCUGAACAAUACAGUGAGCUGUGAAAGAAAACGAAGCCUUUCAUAGUUUAGUUUACUUGCGCUGUUUUGAAAUGUAGUAGAAAAAGUUAAAUUAGUGGGUAACUAAAAACCUUAUAAAAGAGCGGUGAUGGCAUGCUUUGAAAUGGCUUAAUAAAGUGCAUCGAAAAAGAACUUUUGAUCGUCAGUUAAUAUUUGAAGAGUGUUUUAACAGUGUCACGCAUUUAAUCUCAAGCUCCUGAGCUGGUUUGUACAGUGACCUUCAGCCAUCAGUGAUCCGAACUAAGGUGAUAGCGACCUCUACCAAUUUUGCUACCCCACUUUUGAUUUUUGGAACUGACUAAGACAACCGAAGAAAUGGCCAUGAAAGAAAAUGUAAUAAGCAUAAAAAGGGGAAAUACGUGAAACUCUGUCAGACUUGCUACUUCCAUUCUAGAAAUGGUGGUUUUUUCAUGAAUAUAG